UUUAGCCACAGUCGAAUUUUAGACGCAGACAUGAGACAGUUCCUAGUUUUAUUGGUGCUGAUCUUGAUUGGUUCUUCCGCUGCCAAGCUAAAUCGUUUGCAGCUCCAUUCGAACAGUAAUUUUACCCAUAGCCACGAAAAUGUGAAGGCGGAGAAGACCGUGCUGGCGGCCAAGUACUCAUUUCUGGUUGAAGCCACAUCCAGUUCCUCGACGGCCACUGAGAACCUGCAAAACUCCCUGAACAAGGAGUACUACGGUGUGAUUGCUAUUGGCACCCCCAAGCAGAACUUCAACAUUCUAUUCGACACGGGAUCGGCCAACCUGUGGGUUCCCAGUUCCAAGUGCCCGACCUCGAACAUCGCUUGCCAGAGGCAUAACAAGUACAAGUCGGGAGCAUCCAGCACGUAUGUGGCCAAUGGUGAGAAAUUCGCCAUCUCUUAUGGCACGGGCAGUGUGUCGGGAAUCCUCUCCACCGACACCGUUCACGUGGCGGGCAUCAGCAUCCAGGGCCAGACAUUCGGCGAGGCCAUCAAUGAGCCGGGUUCCACCUUCAACAAAGCACCAUUCGCGGGAAUCUGGGGAUGGGCCUUCAAGGCUAUCGCCGUGGAUGGAGUCACGCCGCCGUUUGACAAAAUGGUGGCCCAGGGUCUGCUCGACAAGCCCAUCAUCUCGUUCUACCUGAAAAGACACGGCACCGCGGUGCAGGGCGGCGAACUGAUCCUCGGCGGAAGUGACUCGAGCCUCUACACCGGCAGCCUCACCUACGUGCCCGUUUCGGUGCCGGCCUACUGGCAGUUCAAGGUCAACUCGAUCAAGACCAAUGGCGUGCUGCUCUGCAGUGGAUGCCAGGCCAUAGCCGACACCGGCACCUCGUUGAUAGUGGUUCCCCAGGCGGCCUACACCAAGAUUAACCGCCAGUUGGGCGCCUCGGAUAAUGGCGAUGGCGAGGCUUUCGUGCAGUGCAGCCGCAUCUCAUCCCUGCCUAAAAUCAACCUCAAUAUUGGCGGCACUGUCUUUACACUGGCCCCCAAGGACUACAUCGUAAAGAUGACCCAGAACGGUGUCACCUACUGCAUGUCCGCCUUCACCUCUAUGGAUGGCAUCAGUUUCUGGAUUCUGGGCGACGUCUUCAUUGGCAAGUUCUACACGGAGUUCGACAAGGGCAACAAAAGGAUUGGCUUUGCCAGAGUGGCCAACUAUUAAGCGUCUCAAGUCAAGUUGUAACUGAUUUUGCAAAUUAAAUGACAUGAGAAGUACAUGCAGUAUAAAA